CGGAAGCGAGGGGCCUGUGGCAGGCGGAGGCCACCUCUGGGUUUAGGACCUGGCCUGUGACGUGACAGAACGUUUCGUGAGGAACUUCCUGUUAGCCGGGUGGGGUGGGCCGAGAUUCUCUGGUCGCCAGACAGAUUUGUUCCUGUAUUUGCAUGGAGAGAGGCCGGGAAGACUUUUGGGAACUAGAACCUUCUCUGAUGUCCUGCAGAGGUUUACCUGCCUCAGGGUGAGGAAGAACACACAGAGAUGGGGAGCAGCCGGACAGGCAUCCUGGCCACGCUGGUCGUCCUGGCUGGGCUGGCAGCUUCUGGAUCCAGCUAUGAGAUCAUAGAAGGUCCCAAGAAUGCUACGGUGCUGGAGGGCUCAGAGGCUCGCUUCAACUGCACCAUCUCGCCUGGCUGGAGGCUCAUCAUGUGGUCUCUGAAUGGCACCGUGGUUCUGAGCAUCACGCCCACAGAGCCCAUCAUCACCAGUGACCGCUUUACCACUGCAAGUUAUGAAGAGGGCGGUAACUUCAUCUCUGAGAUGAUCAUCCAUGAUGUGCAACUCAGUGAUGCGGGGCAUGUCAGAUGCAGUCUCCAGAACAGUGACCGGGAUGCGUCCGCUUUCCUUUCAGUCAUAGUUAUGGGGGAACUCUUCAUCUCCAGUGGUGUUCUCACAGUCAUUGAGGAUGAACCUUGUAAUGUGACCUGCCGUGCAUCGGGGUGGACCCCACUCCCAGAUAUUUCCUGGGAGAUUGGUGUUCCGGUGAACCAUUCAAGCUACUAUUCUGUUCGGGAGCCUGAUGAGCCUCAGAGCACAGUGAGCAUCCUGGCUCUCACGCCACAGGGCAACGGCACUCUGACUUGUGUGGCUACCGUGGAGGCACUGCAGGUCCACAAGUCUGUAACUGUAAAUCUUACCGUGGUUCAGCCUCCCGUGGGCAGUCUUGAUAAACCAGGUGCAUCCUUGCCUACCUGGGCCAUAGCUCUACUCGCAGUCUCAUUUUCAUUGCUUUUGAUCCUGAUAAUUGUUCUGAUUAUAAUAUUCUGCUGCUGUCGUGUCCCCGGGAGAGAGAAAAAAGGAUCUAGUUAUCACAGUGAAGUAAGGAAAUCUGCAACUGUAAAGACAAACAAAGAAACUCUUCAGACAAAGUUAAAAAGUGGAAAUGAAAACCAUGGAUACAGUUCUGAUGAACCAAGGACUACGAAGAGUGCUUCUGUCCCUCCGAGGUCCUCUGAACCCAGUGUUCCAGAACACCGCAGCAGUAGGCAACCUUAUCAGGGACCUGAUGACCGUCAACAGGGCCCAACAAGUCGUCCACAGGUUUCCUUUAUCAUGGCCAGCCCUCGGAAGGUCAGGAAUGUGACUUUGGUAUAGGACAGAUGCCCCUUGGGCUCCAUGUCGCCCUUGGCUGACAACCUCCAUCACGACCAAGUCAUCCUUCUUCUCUGUCCCGAUGCCGUGCUCCAGCUUCACCAGCACCACCUGGAAGAAGUGAUAUUGGAAUCCUCAGAACGGAUUUUUUAUAGUGAGAGAAGGAAUCUAUUUUCCCAGCUUCCAGAGGAGAAUUUGACUUUUAAAAUGUUUCAAGAUUUCAGUGAAUUCCCCAAAGCGGCUCAGUAAAAGCUGCCCAUUCGUCAUGAUAAUGUUCCUCAUCAUUCAACACUCCGGCUUCUAAUCCAAUAAAUGGUAGAUAAGUCUGUAACCAACCAGGACUUUUAAAAUGUCUUUAUUAUCUUAAAUCAUAUGAAGAUGAUAUUUAUGUAUGUUUAAUAUGUGGGCAUUAUUGCGUAUUGUCAGUGGAAAAAGAGGAUAAAAAUUAGGAUCAAUCAGACGUCUAAAAUUGCCUGGAAAAUCAGAACUCAUAGGUUAAAAAUACGAUUAAAUCCCAAAGUUGAUGUAUACCUUGCAAAAUAUCUCAUUAUUGGAUAUUCACAUGAAGUUAUUCCUUUUUUUCUGUUCCCUUGUCCGUCUUGCUCUCAUGUCCUCAAAUGAGUUAGAUGUGGAUCACGCUUUGGAGGGGACCGCCCUCACACGCCACAAACGCCAUGAAAAACCUGGAGAUGGGUAAUGUGUUC